GAAUUUUUGAAUUAUUAGCGGGUGCGGUUUCCAGCUGAUUCCGACAUCCGUUGCACCUGAGUUUGAUAUGUCUCUUCGCUGUUCAAAAAGCUCAAGCUUUGUGUUCGAUGACUCAUCAUGCAACAAUCUGGAACUAAUUCACUUUCGUCUCACUGAUUCUGCUUUGAAAGAUAUUGAACAACUAGCUAGCAACCCCGGCAACCAUUCUUUCAAAAUAACCUUCAAUGGGUCCGAAGGAUCGUUUGCAGUGCCUGUUGGAAAGCAAAGCAGCAGGUUUACAUUUAGUACCUCAAGUGUAACAAGCACUCAUGAUGAGUCCGUUAACUGCCUGCGUAUCAGAGGGAACUCGACCCAAUGUUUGGGGAAAAUGUCGUCCAGAAUUACUGUCAAUGCCAAAGAAGAUAGUUUCUCUGCGGCGAAAGAAAGGAUGACUCAACUAGAAGAUGAAAAUAAAAAGUCACAGACGAAAGAACUUGGAUCGUCGAAAACUUUAGCCCAGCGAACUUCGGUAUCUCAGUCUUCUAAUAAAAGGAGCAGUCCAUGUGUCAAUAUGAAGGGGAAAGGAAAUGAAUUUCCGUCUCAAAAUGCGGAUGUUCCUAACCUCAAUCGGGUGCAGUCACAGAAUCCUGCUGGUUGUGGUCCCAGCCCACCGUUAGCGAACCCGGAGGUUUCCGUACGUUCAUUAAGAGAACGUAUUAUUCACAUACUGGCAUUACGACCGUAUCAGCGUCCCGAAUUAUUAUUACGCUUGUCACGCGAUGGUUUGUCGCGUACUCAGAAAGAUCAAAUUUCUGACAUACUGUCUGCAGUUGGUCGUGUUGGACGACAGUCAGCGUAUUAUCUUUUACCGUCUGUGAUAUCAGAAUUAGAUUGUAAUUGGCCAGGAUAUACGGGUGCUGAAAGAAAACGGAUCAUGUCUUUAAAGACCAAUCAACUGUCCCAAACAUCCCCUAAAUCUCCUGCUGAUCGAUCUCGAACUGCUUCUCCUGAUAAUUCAUCUACCCCUUCUUCCCUCCGAGUAUCUGAUGAUCAGUUUACUCGGCGUCCAACAAGAGCAAAUGCUCCAUCAGCUCCUCAUGCACUGAGUAAAAAGAUUGCUGCACUGGAUAUGCUCUGCGCAGGCGUUAGCGAUGUAGAGGUGGCAGCUCGUCUCGGGGUAUUCCGUGGAUUGUUAGAUCAGUGGCGGGCCAAUGAAUCAGAACUCCGAGAGAGAUAUCGUCGACUCAAUGCCAACUCAGACUCAGCACCUUCAACACAGAUCUCUAAUUCCACUCAAAAUUCUCAGGCAAAUGAUAAAUCUCUUGGUGCACGAUUGACGAAUCCUCCUACCUCCACAUCAAAUGACGUAGUUAACAAUCAGCGCUCAAAUUCAAAUAAUGCUGGAGAUACUAUUUCUCCACAUAAACGUGCUAGAUUAGAUGUCCCUAAUACAUCCUCCGGUUCAACAGAUCUCCAACAAAUGGAAUUGUCCUAUCCUACCUCUGAUAAAUCUAUAUCAAGGUGUGUUAUGCAUUCAUUUUCAAAUCGAAGCCAUGAUGAAAAUAGUCAAAGUGGGACAAUUUCACCUCCUCUUCAUGAUAAUCUUCAUACACUUGACACGUAUAAUCGGUCAAGUCAACCUUGUACAUAUAAUACAGCUGGUGGAAGUGAAGGUGAAAGUGCUGAGCAUACACCAUUCUCUAAUUCCAGUACCGGCAGCAGUGGUUACGGUGGUUCAAAUAAUGGUUUAACUGCUUCAAGUGGAAUUGUAAAUAACAGCAUUAAUAAUAAUAAUAGUGAUAUUCGUCGUGGAGGGUUAAUUGAACCGAUGAGUCAUGACCGUCCCACAUCUCGUGGGCAUUUGACGGCAUCAUCUGUACAUCACUCAGAGUUUCUUUCCAGUCGAUUACGUGUUGAAGACCAGUUAACUAAUGGUAAUAUACCUACAGUGAAUACAGCAGCGUGUGGCAAAACUCAGCAAAUUUUAUCACAGAAUGUUGUUGAAACUGAUUACCAAACGGAUGAUUUAAGCAGUAAACUAGCAGAGAUUGAUCGACUAUAUCCCCAAAUUUCUACACCGGAACAAGCAUCAAUGUAUUUAGCGGAAUUCGAGUGCACUUAUCCAACCUAUCUACGCAUGUAUCAUUCCUUCUCAGAUAUCUGGAAAACUGUCAGCAAUCUGAGAACACAGCUACUAGAAGCUACAAAAACUGAAGGAUUAGAUAGUGCAAAUACAACCCACUUAGCAAAUCAAUUAGAUAAAUUUAUGCGUCGUUCACGUACACCAAAAUAUCGUGAGGAUGAAAUCCAAUUGACGUUGAUGGUGCAUAAGUUACGCUUACUAAAGCAAAGACUUGCUGAUUCACGACGUUCUACUGCCGGUGGCGCUGCUGUGAAUAGUAGUAAUAGAGCAGCUGUGGAUAAUAAAGUUAAAUACCAUCAUCCUCAUCAUUCUAGAAGUAAUAGUAAUCAUAAUGUAAAGUCGCUUUCAUCAAAAUCACUAUCAUCAUCUGUAAACAAUAAGCACAGCAACAAUGCUGCCAACGUCAACAACAAUAAAACCAGUGCCAAAUCCUCAGAUAAUCAUCAUCCUAUGAAUAAUUGUAACCGGCAACUUUUAUCCGAUCUUAACGAUUGCUCUAACCUACUCCAAUGCAAUCAAGUUUAAAUAAAACAUGGCUCCUUUAUUGAUGGUGAUUACAGUCAUGAUGAUGAUAGUUUUUAAGAAAAAAAACAACAACAAUGAAACGAGAAAAAAAAGAGAAACAUUGUUUGUCUGAGUGUGAGUGCAUUGUGUCACUAUCUCCUUUAUAUCCUUAAUAUUUGGCCUUUGGUGCAAACACUUUUGUCCGCCUGUCUUCAUCUUUCUCCUCCCUCUUUUGUGGUUGUGUCCUACUCCUGCACUGUUAUUAUUACUACUACUAUGGAUUCCCGUUUUUCUCUGUGAAUCAUCAAAUCAUGAUGACUUCUACUGCUCUAUAAACUGGUCAGAUCGACUAUGUAUGUAUCUGUGUAGUUUUUCACAUUUAUACACUCCUUAGAUGUAAGUUUGGUUUUUAGAUUAAAAAAAAUAUUUUGCCCAUUUUGUUUGUUUGUUCCUUUAUUUUCCACGUUUUAUUUAUUUAUUUUUUUUAAAAUCAAUUAACUCAAUAUCAUUCUGCUUUCUUAUUGUUGCUGUAUAUUACAAUUAUUAUUGAUGCUGUGAUUGGCCUUUAUUUAACUUCUGAUGAAAGUUUCGAAUUGCUGGUUAGUAUUAUUAUUAUUGUUGUUAUUGCUACCACUAUUAUUCCUCCCUCCACCUCCUUUCAUCACAUGUUUUGUUGUUGUUCUUCUUAUGGUUUCACUCUGUUUAUCGGUUAAAGUGUGUAUAUAUACUGCUACUACUUCUACUGCACCAGUAUCCCCCAUCAUCAUCUGUGUAGUUCAGAGACGACAAGUGAAUACACACCACUUAGUAAUAAUAAUAGUAAUGAUAAAAACAGGCGUGUAUUGUAUUACCAAGUCCAAAGACAAAAAAAGUGUUUUUAUGCAUUCCUCCAUUUAAUUAUGAGAUGGUGAUAACACUCUACCCGUGCCUGUUAUUGUAUGUGUGUGUGUGUGCGUGUAUUGGUUUUAUUGUUGUAAUCUUUCUUAUUAUUCCAUAAAAGAAUCAGUGUGUUAUCUUUCUCAUUAACAUAGACAAACACACACGCACGCACAUACAAGAGGAAAACAACACAGAAACACUGACUGACAAUAGCACAAAUAAUAAACAAACAAAAAACUAUUGAGCAUUUCCUAUUUUUUUAGAAAAAAAUUUAGACUUCAAAAUUGUUCCAUGUUUUCUAUCUUUCUUUUUCUUUACAAACGCAUACUAAGAGAGAGGUGUUGUACGUAAGCUGCUGUAUAAGAAAAGGAUAAGAUAUUUAUUUAUAUAUACUACUAUUAAAGUACAAUGGUGUGUGUAAGUAUGCAGUGAGGCAUUUAUUUUACCUUACAAUUAUUUGUCAUUUCCUUUUUUCUGCCUAUUCUUCCUUAUAAAUGUAUCCAGAGUUAAUUUGGCAAUGAAAUGAACUAUACUAUAUGUGCGUCAUACAACAUUUGUGCCUCCCCCCUCCGCCAAUGAUGUAGGUGGAUAAAAAAGUGCUUGUCAUUCAUUGUAUUCUGUCUUCAUCUCCUCCUCCUCCUCGUUUCUAUUCACAGUUUGCCUUUUUUCGUGUCCAGUAUAACAUUUAAAAGCACAACUUGAUAGCCAGCCAACCAGUGAAUGUAUUCAAGUGACAAAUGAGAAUAAAAAAAAACGAGGUUUGGCAGUGGUGAGGGAUGGUGGACGAAAGAGAAACUGUGUAAUAGCAGUGUUGUACUGUAUUGCAUAGAUCUCCAACUCUUUACUCGCUUUGAAUUAUGCCCGUGCGUGUGUGUGUGUGUGUGUGUGUCAGUGUAUGCAUAGUGUACACAUUCCAUUUGCCAGCGGUUCAUUUCAUCAUGUCUUCCAUCUCCUCCUUGCUAUUAUUAUUAUUAUUAAGAAUAACAUCAUAACUAAUUUCUUUAAAUAUGAAUGUGUGUGACAAAUGAUCAUUGUUUCUUUUCUUUUGGUUGUAGUCUAUAAACUUGUUCACGCUGAUUUUGCAAUCAAUUCCUCUCAGAAAUCUUUGCAUUACUUAUCUUGACGCCUCCUACUUAAAACAUAUGAAUUAAAUUAUGCAUUAAAUUAUUUUAGAUGCUGGUGUCUUCUUCGCCCCUCUCUCUCCUUUUCUUUGUGUGUACAUUUAUGCUGCAUAUAAUGCAAAGUUAUCUUUCACUUUUCUCUCCCCUUCAUGUGUCUAAAUAACUUUUUUUAUGUUGUUAUUUUUAAAUAAUCUCUUUCAUGUUAAUCUUGUCUAACCGAGAGUUGGUUUUGUUUCUUGCAUUGUGUGUGUGUGUGUUGCUUUUACACGUGAAUGGACAUUUCACAUACAUUCAAUCACCUAUACCUUUACAGUUAUUGUGAUCAACUCAGUCACACUUACUUAUACUAUAUAUAAGCUUAUGUAAUAGUAAUAAUGUGAUUUAUAAAUUUUGAAAGCAAGCUGAUUUUCUUCCAUGUGUGUAUGUGUUGCUUUCUGAACUAAAAGGUAAAGAAUGAAAAUUAAAUCGAAGAAAGAAAUAGAGGACAGUAACAGUUCCCGCUAUUCUUUUUGUGAUCAGCUUUGAUGAUGGAUAGGAGUGGAAGCUUGUCAGUAAUUAAUAAUGGCGAUGCUAGUCGGUGUGUUGGUUGGGUGUCAGCUAUUCUAUUCUUUAUCACGCAGAUAAUCUCUGUGAUAUGUAUGCUUCUCAACAAAUGUGUGUAUAUCUAUUGUGCAUAAAUGUACAAUUCUUUCAACAUGAUACAUUUGAUAAUGUUACUUCUCAAUAACCACCACAACAACACAAAGCUCAUGCGAAAACAAGUUAACACUAUUUAUUAGGACACUGAAAAAAUCUGUCGGCUAUUUUCUAUACAAGACUUACACUGCUAUUCCCCUCUUUGUCCUCUUCACUCGCGUUCUUUCUUUGUCCGGUGAAUUGAAAAUAUCUUGUCUAUUGUGUAUGUGCGAAUAUAUAUACAUACAUGUAUCAAUUUCCUCCGGGUUUAUUGGUCGGUAGUCACCUAUGACAGUGAUUUGUGCGCGCACACACACAGCACUAUUAUUCGCCGCCUCCCUGCCUCCUCUGAAAAUAGUCUCAAAUCUAUCUCUUUGACUUCUCAUUUUAUUCCCCGUAUUUCCUGUUGUUCACCACCACCACCACCGGUACACACCUCUCUCCUUCCAUGUCUGUGCUGUUUCCACUUGUUGUUGAUGAAGAGCAUUUUCUCAUUUUAUGGACAAAACACAUCUUUACAAACGCAAAAAAAUGGUUGUUUUUAUUCAUAACAUUGUGCUAUGUUUAACUGUGUAGAAUUCUUUCCUCAAAAGUAUGCCAUUGUGUGUGUUUACACACGUAUAUAUAUGCACAUAAAAAUAUACAUAAAUGUAUUUUUAAAAUCCACUUUCUCUCUCUCUCUCUUAUUUUUAACCAUUCUCUCCUUUUGUCACCACCCCCACCUGUUCGGUUUGUGUAUAUUCUAUUCUAUUUUUUGUUGUGGUCGUUGUGAUGAUGUCAUAGGUCUUUCAUGCUAUCAUUAUUAUUACUACUAUUAUUAUAUAAUUACUCUCUCUCUCUCUCUCUCUCUUAUAUAUAUAUAUAUAUAUAUAUAUAUAUAUAUAUAUAUAU